AUGGCAGUGAUGGACAGAAGCAUGUUUUCCCUACUGGGUAUCUUUUUUCUGAUCGUUUUUGCUAUUGAGUCCAUUGUUUCUCUCUUAGGUAAUGGAUUCAUCAUAGUCAUGAAUGGAUACAGCUGGCUCCAAAGGCAGAAGAUGCUCCCUUGUGAUUUCCUACUGACCACUCUGAGCCUCUCCAGAUUUCUUUGGCAGUGGAUUACCACAAGCAGUCGAUUUGUAUACGUCGGCUCUCCAGAGACAUACAUACAUAGUAAAAAAGAGCAGGCAUUCACCUUCUGCUGGAUUUAUUUGAACAUGAUCAGCCUCUGGUGUGCCACCUGGCUCAAUGUCUUCUACUGUGUGAAGGUCACCAACUUUGCUCAUCCUCUCUUUGCAUGGCUGAAGCUAAGAAUUGGGGUGUUGGUGCCCAGAUGCCUCGGAAUAUCUCUCCUGGCUUUCAUAACCUGCUCUAUAUAUCCAGUUGUGAGGGCUCUUGAAGAUGAAAAAUGUCGCACUCUCACAGGAAACCUGCCAGAGAACACAAGCCAAAGUGAGGCUCAUGACCACUACCCUUGUAAGUUUUUAAUUUCUCUCCAGUUUUAUUUUACUGUCAUCAGUUUUAGCAUCUGCUUGACAGCAUCCACAGUUUUGCUUCUCUCUCUGUGGAGGCACACGAGGAAUCUGAGGAAGAGUGGCCUCAGCAGCAAGGACCUCAGCACUCAGGCCCACCUUAGUGUCAUGAAGCCUUUGCUUCUCUUGCUCAUCUUCUACAUUUUACAUUUUGCCGCCAUGAUCCUUGGCCUUUCUGGUGUUUUCAAGUAUGGCAAGCUUGAGCGGCUGAUUUCUGAUAUAUUCCUGUCUUCGUAUCCUUCAGCACACGCUGUCAUCCUGAUAUUCACCAAUCCCAAGUUGAGAAAAGUGUGUACCCAUGUCCUAAACCUCAGAAGAAGUACUUCAUGA